AUGGUACCCCUAAGUAUAUGCUCGAGCCUCCGAAAGAUCUACUAGUUGAAACUUAUUUCCACCCGGAUAACAUGUCAUCUGCGGAGAAGAUGAAAAUCGAGCUUGCAAAGGUCAGAGAAGAGUUCAAGAUGUCAGAAUCGGAUUGUGGUUCUGCACGUGUUCAAGUGGCACAACUGACCACUAAGAUCAAGCAUCUAUCCUCGGUUCUACACAAAAAGGACAAGCAUUCGCGGAAAGGACUUAUAGCAAUGGUGCAGAGACGGAAGAAACUGUUGAAGUAUAUGAGACGAACGGAUUGGGAUUCUUACUGCCUUUCACUGUCAAAACUCGGCCUUCGCGACAACCCAGAUUACAAGUUUUAAAAUUUUUGUGCAAGGGACAUCAUAGAAUUGUGAUAUCAGUAGUCUCUUUUUGUUCUUUUCAUUAUGACAAAAGAGAUAAUGUGGGUCUCUCUUAUCAAAUCAUGUUGGGGAGGAAAGUUGUUCUACUAGAGUUUAUUAUUGCAGGCUGUUUAGGCGGAAAGAGAAUAAAGCUAUGGGGUACUUUCGUUGACAUUGUCUUUUUUUUUUUUUGGGCAAAACUUAGAAUGUGAUAGUAAACUUACUCGUCUUACAUAUCUUUCUCAAUGCAUCUAUCUUUUACUCUGCCA